GAGGCUGCGGCGGCCAUGGCGGCCUUGGGGGCGGGCGGUGGGCACGGCGGCCCCGGCCCGAGCGGCUACCAGACGGCCCCGGCUGUCUGCGGCUUGGGCGCGUGGGUGCUGUGGGCGCUGUGGGACCCGCUGAGUCCCGCGCAGCUGCGACGGCUGGAGGAGCACCGCUACUCGUCGGCCGGCUCGUCGCUGCUGGAGCCGAUGCUGCAGCCCUUCUGGAACUGGCUGGUGGCGCGCGUCCCGCUCUGGGUGUCGCCCAACGCCAUCACCCUGACCGGGCUGCUCCUAAACCUGUUCAGCACGCUGCUGCUCAUCUACUACUGCCCCACGGCCACGGAGGAGGCACCAUCUUGGGUAUUCCUAUCAUGUGGCCUGGGCCUCUUUAUCUACCAAUCACUGGAUGCUAUUGAUGGAAAACAAGCCAGAAGAACAAAUAGUUGUUCUCCUUUAGGGGAACUUUUUGACCAUGGUUGUGAUUCAGUUUCCACAGUAUUUGUGUCUCUUGGAGCCUCCAUUGCUGUUCGCUUGGGAUCAAAUCCUGACUGGUUAUUUUUCUGCUGUUUUAUUGGGAUGUUCAUGUUCUAUUGUGCUCAUUGGCAAACCUACGUAUCGGGAGUACUAAGAUUUGGAAAAGUGGAUGUAACCGAAGUUCAGCUCGCUAUAGUUAUUGUCUUUUUGUUAACCUCAUUUGGAGGAGUGUCAAUGUGGGAUUAUACUAUCCCUGUGAUUGAAACAAGACUGAAGAUUUUUCCUCUUCUUGGGAUAGUGGCAGGAGCAUUAUUUUCCUGUUCUAAUUAUUUCCACACCAUCCUCCAUGGCGGAGUUGGCAAGAAUGGAUCCACGGUAGCAGGCACCAGUGUUUUGUCACCUGGCAUCCAUAUAGGAAUAAUUAUUCUUCUAGCCAUAAUUAUCUGCAAAAAAUCUGUAACCCAUGUAUUUGAAAAGCAUCCCUGUCUUUAUAUCGUAAUGUUUGGGUGUGUGUAUUCCAAAGUAACACAAAAAUUGGUGGUUGCUCACAUGACCAGAAGUAAACUAAGUCUACAGGACCCCGCAUAUAUUGGGCCAGGUCUUCUGUUUUUGGACCAAUACUUCAACAAUUUUAUAGACGAAUACAUUGUUCUGUGGGUAGCAAUGUUCAUCUCUUCACUUGAUUUGCUGAGAUAUUCCACUUCUGUCAUCUUGCAGAUUGCAAAUCACUUUCAUUUACAAGUCUUCAGGAUUCCAUUUCCUCAUGCACCCGAACAGGUCCAAGUUCUUUCUUCAAAGAGUCAUCAGAAUAACAUGGAUUGAAGAGAUUUUCGAACACUUGCCAUUUCUUGCUGCUGCUGUUACGAGAAAGGAGAUAUUAAAAGAAAUGUUUAAUACUUUAUAAGUGACUUUAAUAUACUUUUAUUUGAUGAAAGAAAUGUGUAAUGCUUUAAUCUUAAUUUUUUCAGUUGAAAAUAUACCAUAUUACUUACAGUGUCCAUCAUAA